AUGCUCAGUAUUAUCAACAAGAAUCAGCAAGCUGAGGCAGCAGCAGAUGCUCUUUGUGCUGAUUAUAUAGUGCAUAUUAUGCAUGGCAGGCAUUUGAUGGGAGAUUCUUUGAGUGCCCUUUCUGUGAAGGAACUGAAGCAGCUCGAGAACAGGCUCGAGCGCGGAAUCACCAGAAUUAGGUCCAAGAAGGGUCGAAUGCUGCUUGAUGAGAUUGAGUACUUGCAGAAAAAAAAGAUUGAGAUGGAAAAUGAAACUGUGUACCUUUGCACCAAGAUAGUUGAGAUAGAGAGAAUGGAGCAGGCGAACAUGGUUCCGGGCCAGGAGAUGAAUGCGAUUCAGGUGUUGGCUUCCCGCAAUUUCUUCCCUCCCAAUAUGUUGGAGGGUGGAAAUUUCUAC